AAGACAUUUGAUAACGUUUUUUGAAACAGCUGCUUGUUCUUUUAUCCUUCGAACUUCUUUUUACCCUCAUCAAAAUUUUCCCUCUUUUUUCUAAAUUUUCAGUUUCACUUCAUUUCAUCAAACCCACUCCUCCAAAUUUCACUUUCUAUUUGCCCCCAAAAUUUAAAAAAUCUGUCACAAUAUCUCCUAAAUUUUCGCGUUCCUCUACUACCACAUUUUCCCUCUUCACAAUUCCUAAUUUCUCUUCCUGCAUUGCAAUCUCGAAUCUCUCUAAAAGCUUCUACUCACCAAGGCCAUUUUCAUGGACGACACCUUCUCCAAAGCCUUUCUCACCGCUGACCAAGCCCGCUCCAUCAAACUGCUUCAACAACGAGUUGAGACAUUGGAGAGAGAGCUUGACGCUGCCAUCAUCGCUGCAGCUCGCCCUCGCUCCGAGAAACGAGAAGCUGAGGCCGCUCAUAAAGUCGCCGAAUCGCACGCAUUGGAGAGCUGGGAAGCGUUAAAAAAUGAAGGCGCGAUGUUGGGACCCACUCACAUGGCUCUGGCAUUUUCGUAUUAUAAAGCACUCACCCACUCCAUAUACAGAGAUCAUUGGUGACCAUAAACGACACUGUUUCGAUCCAAGAUCUCAGUCACGUCACGCCAAGAUCUUCUGUUGUUCCACCACGCCAAACCCUAGGCUCCAUCGGGCAAUGCGGGAUUUUUCGAGAGAGGGUUAGCGUAAAGGUGCCAAACGAAGAAAAUGCUCGCUUUCGAUUUCGUCGUUGUUGUCACCUUCAUUUCCCUCUGAGAGUUUUCUCAGUGCCACGACCACGUUUUCACAUUCACCAUGCACCACCGCCACUCUGAACCCAUCAGAAAGUGGUCCCAUGCUGAGUACUACAUUGAGUUGGCCGACCGCGACCGCUUCCUCUCGUGGCCGCAAACUCUCUCAAAUCUACGCCGGUCUCGCUUUCUCAGAUGGCAACUCCACCUUCCGCAUCAGCUCCCUCGGAUUGUACCUUUUUUUCUCUUUGAUUCUUCUAUUAUCAUUAUUUAAAGUUGAAAUAGGGAAAUCGGCAGUGAAGUUCAUGGUGGCGCUUGAUACCGAAAGUGACCUGUUCUGGGUACCCUGUGAUUGCACAAGAUGUGCUUCUACUGAUAGCCCAACCUUUGCUUCGUAUUUUCCUAAUUGCAGAUACCAAUAUAUCAUGACAAUCAAAUUAUUGAAGUUAGGGAAGAUUGAUGUUUACAUGUAAUUAAUACAUGUUUAUAGGUUAUGUUAUGGUGAUGUACAUGCUUACAGGUACAACGAUAUAUAUGUUAUGGUUGUAUAUACUAUCUUAUAAAGCAAUGUCAUGUCAUGACACCUAUUUCAGACUCAAGGAUUAUAUUUUGAAAUAUUAUUGUACCAAUAGUUUUUAUUCAUAC